CCACUUUCCAUCACCUAUGCCGCACUUUGCAAUCACCAAUCUCACAAACGUACCACUUCAUAUUGCCCUCUCGCAUUUGGGCCCUGUCCAUUAUUAUAACAACCUUCAGCCCAACCAGACUGUCACGCUCAGUGUUGGUCAAGUCUGGUUUACCAUCGAAGCAAAGGUAGCAUCAGGAGAAAACGAGUAUAAAUGGCACCAUGUUGCUGUUCCCAUUGUAGCCGCCACGGUUGUAGGUGUAGCUUCGGCGGCUGCUAUAGGGGUCGUAGCCACUGCUGUUUCAGCUGAAGCGGCCAUUGCAACCUUUUUGGCAGCAGGUGCCAGAGCUGGUACGUACGCUACUACACUGACGCAGAAAAAACCCAUACAGUACGCCUCGAAGAAACUCAAGGUCGUUGGGAAAGAACAUAUCAAGGAUUUUAAGAAAAGUUGGGUGGCGAAAAAAUGCUGCAAACGAUAUGGAGUCUAUGUUCCAAAAGAAGGUAUCGAAGCUCGGAUUGUCGGUGGCCCACAAGCUGUUUACCCAACAGCCGACGGUACCCAAGUUAUAGACGCCGACGUCACAAUGGUCAAUUUUAACAUUCUCAUUAAAGACACCGCUGCGUCGGCCGCCGUUCGACCGCCAUUACCACCACGACCACUCACUGUACCUCGAAUGAGCAAUUCAGGCGACAAAAUAUCUGUCAAGUCCAUGUAAAUUGAUCCUUGUACUUCAUACCCGAAAUAGCCAAUUUGGUUUUAAAAAAACCCUUGCCAUUGUUCAACUAAAAUAAUUUUGCCGUUUCAUUUUUUUAUUCAUCUUUUCCUUUGAUUCUAAUACUUAUCUCCCUUAACCCCCUUGUAAAGUAAAACCCAGCAUUAUAUAAAAUACGAGUGCGAGUACAAUGUCUAUAGUAUAGCAAUUCUCUCAACUAUAGUAAUGAAAUGUCCUGAUCAAUACACACU